AUGAAUAACAACGUUCAAGUGUCAGAGGUCAGUGCGAUAUACCAAAAAGUACUUUUUAAUUUACUUCGUGAUAGCGUGGGGUUCCAAAUACUGUCUUCAAAAUGUAGCCUUCAGAACCGAAGUGGAAUUUUUCUUCGCACCAUGCGACUCAUUUCAGGCAGUCGAAAGUAAUGGUCUAAGAAGGCCUACUUAUUUUUGUAAACAGAUUAGCUCACCAGGAGCUAAAAUUUGUUUUUUUUCAAGCAAUAUUAAAAACUUAUUGAGAUAAUUGCAACAAAAGCAUGCGGAACCGACAGAAUACACCGCAAGCAUGUUGUGGACGGUCGUAUAAUUCACUUUAAGUCGAAAUUUGCAGCAUAGAUAAACAGUAAAAAAACAAACAAGUGCCUAUAACUUCUGGUCAUCUGUGAGGGAACUCCCUCUACCCGUCCUAAGCUGUGGUGCUCGCGAGGCGUUAAUAUGACUCGAUCCAGUUUAGCAAAUUCGUUUGAAUGGCUUCUGACUGUUUGACCUCCCAGAGAACCUUCUGGAGACUGACUCGAACGAUUAAAAAAUCAGAUAAAAAGACCACUGUCUUCUUCUGAAAGUCGUCUUUGUUUCGGGUCCAAUUUAGAAAUUUUCAACUGGCCAAAGUAUCAUUUUUCAGAAUGGUACUACUUUCAGUGCCUCCCAACAUGAAAGAACACAUUUGGAAACGGUCAGUUAGACAUGAGUAUCUAAAUCUACAGCUAUCGCUUUUGUCUUACUCGUUGGCAAUGACCAGAUAUGUGUGUCCAUUACGAAAAUGAAGCACAGGGAUUCCUGUUAUAUGUAAUGAAGUCAGUAGACGGCAGUUUGACGCGGCACUCGACGGAAUGUGCGGAAGUCACUCAGAAAAAUCACCUUGCUGGGGGGGACGCUACCGAACGUUCUUAGAAAAUCGCUCGUCCCGUUGUGCUUUACGGGCACUCCCUCGAGCCCAUCCAGCAGCCACACAACGACGAACGAUAUAGGCAGAAUGGUAUAACAGACAAAGACAAGGGAGACUGGAAUAGCCAUUUCCGGUUUAUUGGCCGUCGUCGGCCGGCAACACCCAACCCCGAAAUGUGGAACACCUGGGGCUCGAUCCCGCGACUUGUUAAUCAGAUGUGCAACGCCUCUAGCCACUUUUCCACGGACCGUUGUCCUCUACCAUUGUAUAUUCCCGAUAACAACUGACAGGACAACGGGCCCGUGCUGCAGUGGUCAGAGGCGUUAGACUUCUAACUUACAGGUUGCGGGAUCGAGCCCCAGUUGUUCCACAAUUCGAGAUUUCGUUAUGACUAGCUGACGACGGCUACUAAGCCAGUUUCCCUUGUCUUUGUUGGUAAUAACAAAACUUCCAUUUUUUGCAAUAUGUGUGGUCAUUUACUUCCGCGAGGGGUGGAAACAGACCGCGUAAUUUGAAAGAUGCGAAUGAAGGGCCCGUAAACAGGUGGCAAACGGCUAAUCCGAGGUAACUUGUUAAUGUUGGUUGAAUUUGGUAAGACAGUACGCAACAGGCUUUCUCAACCCUACGCUUAAUCGUCAUCCUUAGCUUUGCCCAAACCUUCAAAAUAUACUUGGGUCCAAAUGCAACCUCACCCAAACAUAGCAUGUCUACCUAAAUAAAAUAAGUAGGCAUGUUUUCGAGUCAAAAUUAUAGACUUAUGUGUCCAUCAAUCACCAACUCGUUCGGUACCAAAGAUUUAUGCUGCUGUAAAAACGUUUUCCUUCCUACAGCUUACCACCCAGGCACUCGAAACAAGGAUAAAAAAAUUGGCUAGACUAUCAUCGGGACGAACUUUUCUUGAGUCCCUGAAGACCACUCUUUGCAAUAUGAGGGACGACUCCACUACUUGCAAGGAAAACUUCCUCACUGAGAUCACCUCUGCUGAUCACGAACUGUACUAUGCGGCCUACUACUCUCUCGAACGAACCAAACUGACCGUCGCGGCAACCCAUGCUGAGGAGCUCAGCAGGUUAAAGAAACUUCGAAGGGACUUGGCGAAGUUGAAUCGAAGACGGGCUGACUUACUUCAUGCGACAAACGAUGAGGAAAUGGUAAUUUCCGAGGAGUCUUUGCACCUGAGUUCUACGAUAUUUGUUUUAUCAUACCGACAUAACAGAGGCGGUAAAAGCCAUGGCUCGCGCUUUAAUUAUACUGUUAUGUUGGAGGCUUAUGCACCAUCAACCAUAAACGUACCAUCAAAUCUCGUUGAGUGUGAUUGGGGUUAGUGUGGGUGCGAUGGCCUGUCUACGUUUCUACUGCCGUUUCAUGCACAUAACAACCUAAGAUUCUUACCAAACACCCUGUAUUGCCUUACGAUUGUAUUGCAGAGGCCUACUCUAGCGACCGCUUCUCCAUUUUCAGAACGCUGCUGCCUUGAAGGAAGCGGAACUGUCUGCAAAAAAACUGCUUGAAUGCGUCAAAAAGUUGCAACAGACGGCGGUACUCUGUGAAGAUUCUAGCUUUGAUAAAUUAAAAUUAGCUCCAAACUUUGCAUCGGUACGUUUAUCAGACCUGGAAAUACUUUUAUUCGGAGUCGAUAUGGUUGGCAUAUUUGUAAUAUUUUGCUGGUAUCUCCACCUAAUUGCGCAUACUAUUUCUUGGUUAACACUUAAUAUUCGUGCGCGUUCUUUUUGUAAGAUAACUGUCUAUCAAUCCAUUUGUAAAUGUCCCUGACCCCCAACACUUACCCCUAACAUUAGCCCCUAACUUUAACCUCUUACAAGUGCGGGUACGAAAUAAGAUCUUAAUAGUUGGGGGUAAGGAAAGGAGGUUAGGGGUUAGGCUCGGCUUGUCUACUGCAGGUAUGGCUAGAAAUAGGAUCCGAAAAAAGUGACAUCUGUUUGUUAUGUCAUGUUGAGGCUAUAGACGAAUGUAUCCACUAAAGUCAAGUUUGGUCCAAAAGCCUUUGGACUAAUUUUUAAUAUUUAAGAAAACCCAAAAAUCACGAAAACCUAGCAUAAUCAAAUUAUUGUCUUCGCAUACUUUUCCUGACGGAACCUAAAGACAGAAUAACGCAUGCAAGUGGGAAAUCAUUCUAGCAGUAUAAUUUAAUGAGAAAGAGUAAGGGGGACUGGAAUUGUCAUUUCUGACUUUUUAACUGUUGUCAGCUAGCCACACUCAACUUCGGGGUAUGCAACCCUCUAGUCUCGAACUCGAGACCGAUACGUUAGAAGUCCACCGCCCAAACCACUAAGUCACGGGGUCGUUGUCCUGCCGAUUUUUACUCGAUUAUGGUAGAUGGGCGCUCAAGGUUUGUUAUCGGAAGUAGUCAAGCUGGCGUGCGCACAGAAUGGGAUCGUGCAAUAUUCCAACCCCAACUAGUGGGGGUCACACGCCCACUAGACAUCUCUAACGAUUCCAACAGACUGAUUUUAGUCCGAAAUGUACGCAUAAGUAGCAGUUCUGUGUUCGUCUCCAUGAACGGGCUCAUCUACGGGGGGGAGGGGGAAGGAGGGAAGUCGUAGACAUUCGGCAGAUCCUUUCUUACCUCUGGUAAAAUGAAUUGGCCACUUAUUGCAAGCAUAGGUGGUAGUCCUCGUGUAAGCAUUUAUGCCACCCAUCCGCGACAGCCGGCGCACAAAGAGCACCAUUCAAUGAACAAAUACUAACCUGUGCUUGAUCACACACUCUCGAUAAGCCAGCUACAGGUGGUCCUGGAAGUCCAAAAGUUAACCAAAGUGAACCCCGCAGGCUGAUAAACUUAUACUAGAUGGGCUAACUCAUGAAAUGUCGACCGAAAUUUCGAAAUGCAUUUUCGUUUCGAGAAGACUGCUUACAGUAUGUGGGCUAACUCACGCAAUGCAACAGAACUUUCGAAAUGCGUUUUCGUUUCGAAAAGCUUAAUUAAGUACGGUUGUAAAACCAAUCAUCAUGCAGCAUAAUUCUAUAAUAAUUCAGCUACCCCAAAACGCCGGCUUUAGAAUCAAACUUCUUUUUGGCUGCAUCCGAAAAACCAUACUCCGUAAAAAGUGUCUACUUGUGCAGCAUGUAUUUUUUUCAUCGAUUCUCGAUGCCCUUAAGCACUCAAUUAUAUUCCAUGAAAAACAUGCAUAAAAACAUUUAUGAUUUUGCUCAUUCAGUUGACUAUUAUUUCUUAUUUCAAUUUUAAACUCGAACGUAGGGUAUAAUUCGGUUUUCAAUUUCCUAAUUGUGGGACUUUUAGAUUCCCUGAAACGGCCGUUCAUAAAUCGUCAUGUCUCUGCAUGUACCAAUGUGGCUUUUAAAGUUAACAAGGUGGCUCAAGGCCACCUCUCAAUGUUAUGAACUUUAUAUAGUCCCCACUUUAUUCCCGCUUUCGGUACGCGGAAAUUAUACGGUUUGUAGUUUAGAAACCCUGAAUGCAAGUUUCAGUACAGGCUGGGUUUAAAAUUAUUCGGGAAUUGUAAAAGUCUUAUAAAAACCAAAUUAUACCCUUCUUUUGAGUGUAAAUAUGAAAGAAGACGUAAUUUGCUCCCUAUGAGCAAACAAAUGAAUAUUUUAUGCAUGUUUUCCAUGAAAUAUAUUUAAGGGCAUCGAAAAUCGAUGAAACAACUCAUACUACAUAAGUGGUCGUCUUUUACAGAGCACGUUUUUUAGAUGCAGCCAAAGAGAAGUUUGUUGAAAAUCCGGAGUCCUGAGAUAACUGCAUUAUUAUAGAAUUAUGAUGCACGAUGAUUGGUUUUGCAACCCUACUGAAUAAUUCUUUCCGAAACGGAAAAGCAUUUCGGAAUUUCUGUUGAGAUUUCAUGAGUAAGCCCAUUUACUGUAAGUAGGGUUAUAAAACUAGUCACCGUGAAGCAUACUUUAGUAACCGCAGAAUGCUGGCUUUCGAACGAACCCUUUUUCCGGCUGCAUGCAAAAAUUAUACUCUACAAAAAAUGACAUGCAUUUUUCUCAUUGAUUUUCGAUGUCCUUAAAAAUUCAAUUAUGCUACGUUGAAACACAUGGAUAAUGGUAUUUAUUUUCUUCCGCUUAUUCGGAAGAGAAGUACGUCUUUUCCCAAUUUUAUAUCCGAAGGUAGGGUAUAGGUCGGAUUUAAAAAGUUUCUAAUUGUGAGAUUUUUAAUGCCGUGAAAUUGCCGUUCAUAAAACUCUAUAUCUCAAUAUGUACCAAUGUGACUUGUAGAGUCAACAAUAUCUACUGCUAACUUUUAUGAAUACCAUAUGGUGUCCUCCUAAUACCAUAGAGAAGUGUAUAGUUUUCCUUACGCGGAAAAUAUGUGGCUUGUAAUUCGGAAACCAUGAAUGCAUCUGUAAAGGCAGGUCGGGGCUUAAAACUAUUUGGGAAUUGGAAAAAUCUUUGAAAACCGAAUUAUGCACUUCCUUCGAGUAUGAAAUUGGUAGAAGACGUAAUUUUCUAUCAAAUAUGCAAGAGAAUGAAUAUCGUUAUGCAUGGUUUUCUAUGAAAUAUAAUUGGAUUUUUAAGGGCAUCUAGAAUCGAUGAAAAUGUCAUUCUACAAAGUUUUCAUUUUUUUCAUAAUUUGGUUAUUGCAUGUGACGGAAAAGCGGUUCAUUCGAAAGAUGGGAUCGCGAGGUCACUGAAUUAUUGUAAAAUUAUGCUGCACGAUGAUUAGUUUUACAACUGCACUUAAGUAAUCAAUUCGAAACGAAAGCGCAUUUCGAAAUUUUUGUGGACAUUUCAUGGGGUAGCCCACCUACUGUACGUUGGAUCGAAAGGUAAACAUAAAAGCAUUGGGGCAUUCGGCAGACGACAUUUAUCAGUAGACAAGACAAAUAAAACCGCGGAAAAACUUCAUUAAAUGGAUCGUAUCAUUCCCUUCCAGGAAUAAUUAUGAGGUGAUUCAGCAAUUUUUGGUGGAGAAUUAAUCUAUUGACGUUUAUGCUAAUAUUCAUGUGAUAAGGUUGCGUCGAAUUCGGAUGUUUGUGAGUCACCCUUGAAAGGCAGAUAUGUGUCAAAUAGGAGAAAGUGAGUUUGAGCAUGAAACGUCGACUGUGUUCGUACGUUAUUUAAAAGACCGUUUUGCUUUUGUCUAUGCAAAGAUCCAGAAGACCAGUUAGCGAACAUAAGUUUGCUUUCGAUAAAUUCUUAUCAGGCCAGUACAUUUAUAUGGACACAAGAUAGAAGAGAAAAACAUGUCAGGUGUUAGAGAAAUCGAUCAAAGUUCGUAGUAAACCACAGGCGGAGUGAAUGAAUAUGGGAGGUAGGUUUCCAUAGUCAAUGUCAGGGGCGGGAGGAGAUCGAAAGCGCGCGGAGAGUUACAUGGUCUAUCUGCUUUUGGCCACGGUAGGUGCGGAGUCUGAACGUGGUUAUUCUGCGUGCAUAAGAUCGGUUCUCGUAACCCGAUGGCUGUCGCUUCUGCUUUGUUAACGGCUGCUAGGCCGGUGGCCUAGGAUAGCUCGACGGGACCUUAUAAUAGAAGCGAAAAGCCUCGCUGGUGUCCAUGCGAUGUCCGGAAUCAACACCAUGCGCGAGAAAAGCGCUGUUCCUACUCCUAGUUUGACCAUUUCCCAGCCAUGCUGGGAUGUGGUCUCGUAUUGUUUUGGGUCGCGCCGAUAAUACGACAAGUAGUGUGGUCUUACACUCGUGGGCGUUGUUUAAAUUUCCUUUUGCACUUAUUCAGCAGAAUGAAGUUGAAGAUGUAGUAGAGCAUAGUUCGGUGAAAAUGUCGUUGGAUAAGGUGACAUCUGAUUAUUUUGUAUCGUAAAGGCUAUAGACGAAUGUAUUCACCAAAGGAGGGGUGUGAAGAUAUGGGAGGAAGGGUGGGGGGUGAUGGCAAUCAGUGCCAGGGACGGGGCGAGAACGAAAGGGCGCGGAGAGUUGCAUGAUUAGUGGACUUGACCACGGUGGGAGCGGAGCCUGAACGUGGCGCUAUUAUGGGCUCGCCGCUCGGACCCCUCCUAGUCGAUUUCUUCAUGGCAAGUUUGAGAAAUUCUGAUUAAGCGAUCAGAUUAUUUAGCUUAAAUACUACGGUCGCAACGUUGAAGACAUCUUUGCAAUCAUCAACACAGGAACCGACAUACCUGCCGUCUUAAAUGCGGUUAAUCGGGCCAUCCCCAACCCCGAGGUGUACAACGCCUGGGGUUCAUUAUUGUGACCUUAUCAUUGAACUACUGACUCGUUUUCCUGUCGGUUGCGAUCAGGGAUACAGUAGGUGGGCUAACUCAUGAAAUGCAAACCGAAAUACCGAAAUGCGUUUUUGGUUCGAAAAGAUUAAUUAGGUAGGGUUAUAAAAUUAAACGGCCUGCAACACAAUUCUAUAAUAAUUCAAUUACCUCAGGAUGCCGACAUUCGAGUGCAUUUCCUUCCGGCUGCAUGCAAAAACUGCACUGUGUAAGAAAUGACUGCUUAAGAAGCAUAAAUUUUUCUCAUUGGUUUUCGAUGCCCCUAAAUGUCCAACUAUAUUUCAUAGUAAAGAUGCAUAAAAAUAUUCAGUAGAUAAUGACGAUUAAUGAACGGCCAUUUUACGGUAUAUAAAGGUCCCACAAUUAGAAACUUUUUGAAACCAAAUUAUUUCUGAAUUAUCUACUGAAUGAGCGAAAGAAUGAAUAUUUUUAUGCAUAUUUUCGAUGAAAUAUAAUUGGACAUAUAGGAGCAUCAAAAUCAAAGAGAGAAAUGCAUGCUACUUAAGUAGUCAUUUUUACACGGUGUAGGUUUUGCAUGCAGCCGGAAAAAAGUUCAUUCGAACGCCGGCAUCCUGAGGUGACUGAAAUAAUAUAGAAUUCUGUUACAGACUGACAUGUUUUACAAACCUACUUAAUUUAUCUUUUCGGUACGAAAACGCAUUUCGGAAUUUCGGUUGACAGUUCAUGAGUUAGCCCACUUACUGUAUUUACUACGGUAGAGUGGCGCACAUCGAUCGCGUUACAGAAAUCACUCAUUCCACUAUGCCUCAGGGCUCCCUCUCGAUCUCGCCAGAAGCCGCGCGUAAUGUAGACUCGUGAACGAACCCCAAGGCACAGCGGGACGAGUGAUUUCCGUAACGUGCUUGGUGCGCGCCUGUCAAAAGUAGUGUGGUUGACAAGACAAAGAUUCCCAAUCAAAAGUCAGGGAAGACGGAGUGAGUUGGACAAACUUUACUGAUUUGGAAGUGCGUACACAAAGGCUCUGUAGGCCGUCGCUGCGAGCGCGCUCUCCAGGCAAGUUGUUGUUGUCUGUGUCCGCCUUCGAGGUGCCGAGACCCAGCGCAUGUGUGCAUUUUGCUGUCUCCGCGUCCGCAAGCCAAUCAGAGGGGGGCAACGUUUAUUGGCCUGGAGCACUUGCGAGGCUUGUGACAAGCCUCGCGUGUCCUAGCAGCGUAUCGACAAGGAGUGUGAGGCGGACAAAAAGACAGCGUGACAAAGUCGGAGGGUAAGGAGACGCGAACUGCUGCACGCCCCGAUACUAGUGGCAAGUCGUCUUGUUGAAACGUCUUAUAUUUGUUUUUCUUUUCUGAUGGAAAAUAGAUUCAGCUGCAUUUCAAGGACUUAUCGCUGGUGACCUCUGACUCGGGGAACGUGCGGAAACAACUGGCACGACUUCCAAUAGAAGCUCAGACUAGUAAACCAAUAAAGCAAGGGUAAGUGUUAAAUACUCUAAUGACUCAGCCGAAUUUUGUUUCGCUGACCAAGCGGAUCAUAUGUUUAUUUUAUUAGUAGCUGGUAGUAUGUAAUAGUCAACAAAUGUCUAAUACAGUGCGUGACCUAUCUCAUGAAAUGCUGGCUGAAAUUUUGAAAUGCGUUUUCGAUUAGGAGGGAUUACUUGGUCGCGGUUGUGAUAUUGAUUAUCUAAAGGCAUACUCUUAUAACAUUUUGGACUCGGCAGGAUGUCGGCUUUUAAAUGCACUUCUUUAUAAUCUCCUGCAGAAAGCGUGCUCGGUAAAAAAUGACUACUUAAAUAUCCUGCAUUUUUCCCAUUGAUUUUCGAUGGUCUUGGAAAUUCAAAUAUAUUUUAUAGAAACCAGAAACAAAAAUGUGCUUUCUUUCAGUCAAUCAAUAGAGAAUCACGUCUUCUUUAUAUUCUAUACUUAAGGAAGGAGUAUAAUUAGCUUUUAAAAAAGUUUCUAAUUAUGAGACUUUUUAAGACCGCGAUAUGUCCAUUCACAAAGCAUCAUACCUGACCGUUUACCACUGCUCCUCAUGAAAUGUACAACAUGGGCUGCAUCCAUUGCAAAAUUCUAUGGACCCUGUAUAAUAUCUCUUUAAUGACAUACAAAAAUAUGGGAUUUUCUUUACGCGGAACGCAUGCACCUUGUAGAGGGUAAUCACUAAGCGUUAAUGUAACGAAUGAUCAGGCUCCACAUUUUUCAGCAAUUAGAAAACUUUUUUAAAACCUAAUUAUACUCCUUCCUUAAGUAUAAAAUAUAAAGAAGACGUGAUUAUCUAUUGAUUGACUGAAAGAAAGCACAUUUUUGUUUCUGGUUUCUAUAAAAAAUAUUUGAAUUUCCAAGACCAUCGAAAAUCAAUGGGAAGAAUGCAUGCUAUUUAAGUAGUCAUUUUUUACAGAGCACGCUUUCUACACGAGAUUGAAAAGGAGUGCAUUUAAAAGCCGACAUCCUGCCGAGUCCAAAUGUUAUAAGAGUAUGCCUUAAGAUAAUCAAUAUCACAACCGCGACCAAGUAAUCUCUCCUAAUCGAAAACGCAUUUCAAAAUGUCAGCCAACAUUUCAUGAGAUAGGUCACACACUGUAGCUCAAAAUUGAAAGUCUGUUUAUGUGUCCUUUAUUUCGCGUACUAAGUUCUUUCCAAACCCUUAAGAACUUCUAAGUUGUGUCGAUUACUCUUUUACUUUCGAUAAAAGCGUGCGAAAUAUUCUAGGAGUCUGUUUCAGAGCAGUUUUUUCCAUGGGGCGAACAUCUAACAGGUUCACAAAUCUAAGUCCUUGGUUUUGGCAUUUGAGGUUGCAGUUCUAUUCAGUUUAUGAUCCAUACAACAGCUUAUUUGGAUUUUUGUUGUAAAAGUCAUCUUUUACGCCUGAAACUCGAUCAGAUUAUGUUUGUAUUCACAAAUAAUCGGCUCGGUUGACGCGGUGGACAAACAACUAAUACUUCUUUCAUUUAAGACGGUAUUAUGGUGAACAUUCAGUAGGCACCAACGCCGGUUAAACGCCGCCUAGUGCCAUAAAAUGUGUUUUAGGAAAGAAAGCUCACUUCAAUGAGUUGUCGUUUUGAUGACCAAGAAGUCUGGUUUGUGCAAUUUAAGAAAACACACCCGUCCGAGGCUUUUCACAGGAUAAACCUGAGGAGUUAGUCGUUUGAAGAGAAAGUUUAUUGGCCCGAGACUGGGGCCUGGGGGUCAUCGUUAAAACAGUCGGUUUCAAAAGUUAGCAAAGACUUCCGCUAGCGUUGCACGAGUUUGAACAAAUAUCGCUCAUCUAAUGCCCGCAGUAAGCCUAUUUACGAAUGCAAGGUUGGGCAUUCCGGGUGUGUUGGGUUUUAGACUUCCUGCGCGGCUACUUUGUAGACUGCCUCAUUGACACUGGCAGCUUUAAGAUUUACAUGAACAACGUUUUUUCUUCUUUUUAGCCGCUUGCUUAGAAAGCUUCCACUAUCCUCACAAAAUGACUGCUUUCUACAAAAAAUAUACAAGAAUGGAUAUGAGCCGACGAUGUUUUACCGCUCCUCAUUCAUAAACGAUUUGUCUUAACCGUACAUAGAUUAACCUAUUUUAUUGGCAAUAUACUAAUUCUUAUCCCCUUUGUUUGCCUAAAUUAAAAUCUAAAGGCCAUAUAUACAUUGCGUUAGCGCCGUUUCGAAGUACAUACAAUCUGACGUAAUUUCUUUAUCGAAUUCACUAACGAUUGUCAGUGAUGCCGAUAGUUAUAUUUUGUGGCUAAUAUGUUGCAUUUUCAAUCCUUUCGUGGUAUUUGUUUCGGGCAAACAUAUCUAUUCACGGGAAAUAGAAAACGUUUUUGCCGAAAAUUUUGGAAGAUAAUUUCAAAAGGAGGAUUUUUUCUCCCCUUUUCUCUAUUUUUGAUUUUGUACAAUUUGGCGUUUCUAAUUUGAUAACAGUGACUGUGCCUGCAUGUGUUUCUUACCUUGAGCGCACCAACUAUGAAUUUACUUUUCCUGUCCAAUUUGGCCUGUAGCGAGGCUUAGGGAUAACACGUUUGUUCGUCUAAUUGUGCGAAUCCAUUUUUCUGCUUUUUUUCUCUUGUUUAGAUAUGCCGAAGCAAAUUGGGAUCUGAAUCCAAACGAAAUCUUCGUUAAGCUUCUGCCCGAGGCUACAGCGCCAUGUGACGUGCAUGAGUACUUCUCUAAAUUCGGUCCAAUCACAGGAAUCCUAGUGCCAAGGCACAAGCUGGGACCAGAUUCCAUCCUCUGUGGAUUCGUCACUUUCCUUGAAACGGAGUCUGUGAGAAAGGUGCUUGAGACCCAACCUCACCAACUAGGCGGGAAUCAAAUCGUUGUUUGCAUGGCAAGAAAAAAUCUUUCGUGCCGGAAAGGGUGAGAUUCCGAUUUUCAGACAAUAGCUUCUAUCUCAGGCAUAGAAUUGUGUAACGAUCGGGCAGUAGAGUUCCAUACAUGUCUCUCAAUACAAACAGCAAAAAUGCGUCUUAGCAGAAGCGUUUCUUGAUAAGCAGGAUUGGCUAACAGGCCAAUCCUCUGUAUCGACCAUGCGUGUUCGAUUACCCCGGUUCGAGUUAGGAUGUAAAAGAUGUUUACAUAACUUGCCUGUAAGGCUGAAAUGACAACAUAAAAGAAAUCGUCUGAACAGUACAAUGCACUGAUUUUGGUAGCCGAAUUAAAGAACUCAUAUCGACCCGCGUGCACGAACACCAGACAGCCUAAUGGAACGCCACAAUUUACCGGGGGAUGCUAUGCCAAACUGAACGCAUUUCACUAAAGAAAACCCACAUUUUCGCGCCUGUCCAAUGAAGAAUGACCUCGAGAUUCUGAAAGCAAUGCCAUCAGACGAAACAUUUAUUAACAGAUAUAUCGGUUUAGAUAUCACCGACAAUAUUUUCUCAGGGUCGAUUAAAGUCUGGCACAACUAAAACCGAACCGGGAACUGAAAAAGGGGAAUGUCUGUUGGCAUAGACGACCACGAACCACAAAGUCUCUCGUUAGUUUCUAUUUAAUGCAAACUGUUUUGUGUAUAUUUUCCACUUGUUUGACGAUGCGUCGGGGUACACUUUCGUAAACUUGCUUAAUGAAGGUCAUUUAGUUUCUAAGGGACUUUGGCCAAUUUUAACUGGGAUCCUCGAGAUGUCAAUUUCUGAAAUGUUAUUUUUGGGAAAAACAAAACCUUUAACGAGCAACUUGUCGAGACCGGCCCUUUAGCUUGUCAGUAGCGCAUGAUACAGGCAGAAUGGUAUUACCGACAAGGACAAGGCAGACUGGAAUGGCCAUUUCUGGCUUAUUGGCCGUCGUCAACCAGUCAUAACCAAACACCGAAGUGUGGAACACCUGGGGCUCGAUCUUGCGACCUGUUAGUUAGAAGUUCAACGCCUCUAACAACUGAGCCACGGGCCCGUUUUCCUGUCGGUCGCGAUCGGGAAUAUACAGUGGUAGAGGGGCGCACACCGGUCGUUUUUACGGAGCUCAAUGUGUCUUACGGGCUCCCUCUCUCUCUCUAGAGCCCAACCGACAUCCACACAAUAAUUGUGCCAUCUUCUGAAAUUUUGCCUGAAAUUUUGGAGUAUGUUUUUAUUCAAAAAGUUUUCUUAGGCAAAGUUGUUACACUACUGGUAUUUUAAGCGUCGUCAACCGGUCAUGUUUGAUCUUAGAGUGUGGAACACCUGGAGCUUGACGCCGUUACCCGUUAGUUAGAAGUUCAACCCCUCUAACGACUGAGACACAGAUUCAUUGUUCUGUCGGCUGCGAUCGGAAAUAUAUGGUGGUAGAGGGGCGCUCACCGGCCAUUUUUACGGAACUCACUCCUUCCGUUGUGCCUUACGGGCUCUCUCGAGCCCAACUCGCAGCCGCACAUCAACGUAUGAUAUAGGUAGAAUGGCAGUCUCGCUUUUACGGAACACAUUCGUCCCGUUGUGCCUUAUGGACUCUAUCUCCCUCCCAAGCCCAACCAACAGCCGCAAAAUAAAUGUGCUACCUCAAAGGUGUUUUGGCAGAUUGCAAAUGAUUUACUUUGACGUUACUGUGAAAAACCCCUAGCAGGUACGGCCACGAAAUGAGAUCUUGCUGAUUUCGGAUCCUGAAAACUAAAAGCUACCCCCUUUUCUGGCGGAAAAAUCGAUGUUGACACACCUAACUGCCAGCUAAGUACGGGCGAAAACAUUUUCGUGUAUAUAUUUUUUACAUAAUACAUCUAAAUUUACAAAAGCAUCAACAAUGAAUCAGGAGAAUUCAUACUUCUUAGGCGGCUGUCUUUGAUGGAUUGCAUUUUUCGCACACGGAAGAAAGAAAACUUAUUCAAAUGUCGACUUCCUGGCAUGACUGAAAUAUCUAAGGAUGUGCUGCACGAUGGCUAACCUUAAAACCUGGUUAAAGUAAGCUUUUCGAAAUGAAACAAGUAGUUUAGGAUUGAGGUCGACGGCUCAUGGGAUCUCAUAUUUGUUCCAAUCAAUUAUUUUUCGUUUUCACCAUUAAAAUGAGCUCGUAUGGCUUGAACUGCCGAGUGGGAUUUCGUAAGAUAUUUCUCUUUGUUGCCGUCAAAUUUCCAGUCGAUGUCUCAUUGCCUGGUCAAUGGGGCUCAUUCCCAGGUCUGUAUAAUUUCUCAUCUGUCUCCUAUUAGUUACAACGUCCGGUGAGUAGUGCGUAUAAUAUUAUGACUAUUCUACUGCAAUUAUUUUUUAUAUUUUUAUUGGCAAUGUACACUGAAGACUGGGGUAAGGGAUAAGCGACAGAAACCACAAUCGAGUUUCAUGUUAGGCCUCGCUGGAACAAAAUUUUACCAUCAAAUUAAUGUUAUUUUACCUCACAGGUCGUCGGUUUUCCACGUCUCGGAUUCCGACGAAGAGGACGAUGAUUCAUCUCACAGUGAGGACGACAAGUCGGUCGUGGACGCCUCCCCCGACCAGUUAACCAUACGUGUCAAGGGUGCACAAUCAGCGGUCACUGAAUCCGAACUCACAGCCUACUUCUCCCAAUUUGGCAGCAUCGAAGAGGUCAGGGUAGUACGCGAUUUACUUACCGGCGAGUCCCUUGGCUUCGGUUUUGUCACAUUUGCUGACGAUAAGGCUUUCAAACGAGGUGUUCUUAAGGCCUGCCAUUUCCUUGGACGUAGUCGCCUCCUCGUUAGGCUUUCUGUGGACAGUGCUCGAUCUCGCGGUUCCAGUGCAUUAGGGGCGAUCAAGUAGGUUUUUCAGCCUGAAACGUAUACGCAUGUUUGUUUUCGUUAAAAUUUGCUGCUCAUGCGGAGAAUUAUCAUGUGUUUAGGUUGUUCUCAUCAAAUAUAUGCACCAAAAUCUACCAAAACACGCUUUAAACAGCCGAUUAGGAAUUACUCAACCGCCAAGCACGCGGAUUUCUACAAUGAAUUCGCAAGCACAUGCAGUAUGUGACCUGCAGUAGGUGGGCUUACUCAUGAAAUGUCAACCGAACAUCCAAAUGCGUUCUCGUUUCGAAAAGAUUAAUUAAGUAGGGUUGUAAAACUUAUAAUCCUGCAGCAUAAUUCCAUAAUUAUCCAGUUACCUCAAGGUGCCGGCUUUCGAACGAACGUAUUUGCGACUGCAUGCAAAAACCAUACUCUGCAAAAUAUGACUACUUGUGUAGCAUGCAGUUGAUUGAUUUUCGAUGCCCUUGAAAAUUCAAUUAUACUUCAUAGAAAAAAUGCAUAAAAAUAUUCUUUAUUUUACUUAUUCGGGAGCAAAGCAGGUCUUCUUUCGAUUUUCUACUCGAAAGUGGAGUAUAAUUCGGUUUAAGAAACCAUACUAGUUCUCGAAUAUUUUGAACUCGACCUGCUAUUUAUCUUGCAUUCAAGAUUUUAAAACUGCAAGCCGUAUAUUUUCUGCGUAUGGAAAACUACGCAUUCCUCUACGGUGUUAAAAGGAAACUGUAAAGGGUUCGCAAAAUUAAGCAUUGGAUUUUAGCAAUAUUGUUUACAUUUCAAGCCACGUUCGUAAAUGCAGAUACAUGACGUUUUAUGAACGGCCAUUUCACGGUAUUAAAAAUUCUCACAAUAAGAAACCUUUUUAAAACCGAAUUAUACACUUCUUUUAAGUAUAAGCUUGGAAGAUGAUAGGAUUUUUACCGAAUAAGUAAAAGAGUGAAUAUUUUUUGCAUGUUUUCUAUGAAAUAUAAUUGAGUUUUGGAGGUCAUCGGAAAUCAAGGAGAAAAUUAAAUGCUACAUAAGUAGUCAUUUUUUGAAGAGAAUAGUUCUUGAAUGCAGUCGAAAUACGUUCGUUCGACAGUUUACACCCUGAGAUAACUUGAUAAUUAUAGAAAUGUGCUGUAUGACGAUUAGGUUUACAGCCCUACUUCAUUAUUCCUUCCGAAACGAGAACGCAUUUCGAAAUUUCGGUUGACGUUUCAUGAACUAGCCUACCUACUGUUUCUUAUAAAAAUUGUCGAAAUCUGCUAAAGGUCGCUAAUCAGUUGCAAACCAGCAAAGAAAAGUUGGCUAACAUUUUGGUAUAAUAGUAAACGACUUUAAGUGAAUUGAAAGCUUAAUAACGUGUUUUUAAAUAGCAACUUUUUGAAACGCAGGAAAUUCAGCAAGUGUAGGUAACUGCUGCAAUUAAGUAAGCGAAAGUCUUCGGUGUACAGAAAGUCUGCCCGUGUGCAAACGGACUAAAUAAAAUGGUACGAGCGAAAAAAUUUUUGAAAAUAGCCCUUUCAUGAAGCUUGCACUCAUAAAUCCGUCAACGGUAGGGCGUAGGACCCCAACAAUCUUGAGCUGGCCUCUGGACCGUGUCAUACGUUUCACGGGUGGGGCAACAUCUAGAACAAUGCGUAAGGAGACACAGCAAAAUAAAGCUCUGCCGAGAGUCAUACCGUACACUGUCAUUUGGCAACAAAUUGAGGGCGAUAAUUAAAAAUUAGGCAAAAAGCGAUUUCUAAACAAUAACAGGCCCCGAAAAAACCGCCGCCGUUAAGCUUACUUUAAGUCAGGAAGGCAAGGAAAUUUUAGCCAGUGGGAUCUGUGAAUAAUAUAUGGUGUGGUAGAGGGGCGCUCACCGAUCGUUCUUACGGAAUUCAUUCGUUCCGUUGUGCCUUACGGGCUCUCUCUCGUGCCCAACCGACCGCCGCACAGAGGUGCAUGGUAUAGGCAAAAUGUUAUUACCGGCAAAGAAAAGGGAGGUCGUUCCACACUUCGGAGAUUUGAGUAUGACUGGCUGACGAGAGUUAAUAAGCCGGAAAUGCCCAUUUCACUCCCCCUUUUCUUUUUCCAUAAUAACAUUCUGUUUAUAAUCGCACUGAAUUUUUUUGCAUGUUUUGGAAUUGCAGGUACGUCAUCUACCGCAACACGAUAUGAUUCGUGAGUCAUUUUGAAGUCAUUUAUGGCGGCUAGUCAACAACCUACAAUUGGAGUAUCGAUUUCAACAGGGUUUAAUAAAAAUCGGCUUCAUUUUUUGUUUUUACACUGUUUGCAAUGCAAUCGAGUAAAAUAAACACUUUUUUGUCUGAUUUCGACGACUGGGGUGUCACAGGAAUAAAUUCUGUCAAAAGGCUCUAUGUUUAAUGGCCACUCGGUUAACAAUAAAUAAAAGUAAAUGUGUCAGGUGUAGUCGUUACCAUGCCACUUUGCAUAUAUAAAGGGAACGUUUGCUCCAUUAUAAUUUUUUAUAGUCAUUUCUGAUGCUGAAGCUCAGGGAUUUCUAGAUCAUGUCGGAAAUAGCGGUAUAUACUGUAUGAUUUGCGGUGUUGCCUACCGAUCGCCCAUAAAUGUAGAUUACAUUCCGUAGGUUUAUUAGAAACAUCAAAUAACCUGCUUGCUUACACUUUGCUCAUUCUGGUUUUCAUGGUGAAAAAUCAAUUUUAAAGUGUGAAACGAUCCGUCUGGUAAAACUCCCGAGUUUUAUUACCCUCUUUUAAUAAAAAAAACAUGCCGGAACGCGCUGAUGUAAUCUAGGAUAGCUAUUAGCAUAUGAAAUCGCCGGAAUACAAGGCAACGCAGAUUUCCGCUCACAUAAGUGAGUAUUUUUAACCAAUGAAAUCUUUUAUAUACGUAUAAGGCACGUAAAAAGGUUAUUUUCCGGAAAGGGCCAAGUGUAGAGGAAAAAUGUGCGGCAUUUUGGUUGCGAAAAAUCGAUAGCCUCGAUUUCCGCCAUCAUGUAAACGGGGGAUUGAGGAGGCUCCAGUGAGACGCCUUUAGAACACAUACUGAUAAAUUGGAGGAUGUCGUUUUUUAAGGGUAUUUGAAUCGCCCCCCUCUCAUAGUUCGAUCGGGAUGAUAGACGCAUGACUUCUAUUCAAAAACUGAGCUGUGGAGCAUUCUUCUAGCCCCAUGCGGGCUUACGACUGAAAAUUGCCUUAUGGCAAGUAGUAUCGUUGGCCAUAAGGAGAAAGCGGAUGUCUGCUUUUCACUUAUUAAUGGGCCUCAAAUCGUGGUACCUUAAGCCGAGCUGUUGAUGCACCUGAGAUCUGAGACUGGACCUAAUGUAUCAGUGAGCUCCCAGUAUCACUUCGAAAAUCAUUGCGUUUUCCGCAUGUUCCUUCUGGGCUGCCCAAACGGAAAAUAUUACUUCUCCUAAGUAAUCUGUAGGUGUUUGCAUCUAUGAGUGCGUUUUUAAACGCAGCCUUCUAUUGACAGUUUUAUGCAUUAUAUACUAAAGUUGAUCUAUUCAUUAUCAGGUGGGCGGAAGUCCAAUAAACACUUCGAAUACAAUACUUUUGGGAUUCGCAGAAAUAUUAACUGAGAUUCAAAUUCCAUGAAGGCGAUCUCCCUAUAAAACUUCUACCUAAGUUUAUUUCUUUUAUGGCCAUAAGUUGAAGAUAAUUUAAUUUUCUUGGAUUGCAUUGGGCGGUCUUUUAAAGCACCUUAUUAAUAUUAGUUCAGUUGUGGGAUAACAGCAAACGGUUAUAAGAUUGACCAAUUGUUUUACUAUACAGUAAACGUGCUAAGACAGCUCUGAAUUUGUUUGCUUUCCACAUAGGCCUGAAAAAUCAUUGGAUUGGGACUUGGAUCCUAAAAGGCUGUUUGUCGGCGAUCUGCUCGGAGCAACAGAGGAAUGCGAUUUGUAUGAAUAUUUUUCCAAGUUUGGCAUUGUCACUGAGGCCACUGUUCUUAAGAACACGAGGAGAUCUGAUGGCCGUUGCUGUGGUUUCGUCGCCUUCCGUGAUACAGACGCCGCGAAGAGGGUGUUGGAGAGUCAGCCGCACGUGUUACAUGAGACUGAAAUCACCGUUUCGCUGGCAUGGAGUAAUAAAUCAGCUGAUACUGGGUAAGCAUUGAGGUAAAAGAAACACGCGAUUGUUGAAAUCCCCCAGAUUUAUCCGCAAAGAACGCAUCUUAAAACGAAAGUAUUCUUCAAGACUUUCUCAUGCAGCCGGGAGCUGCUGCCUUCUCUCAACUAAUGCCCUCCCAGAGCAGUUAGCAGUGGUGGGAUUUUUUGGCGCGGUUUUAAGUAGUUCUUGCUGGUAUCUUCCAGAAACGAGCUAUUGUCGUUCCAGCAAUGGCAGCAACUGUGUUUUCGACACCCGAUGCUGCCUGGCUACAACUUGAACAAUUUACUUAUGAGAUCGACAAGGCAGUAAGUCUGUUGCUCAAGUAAUUGACUGAGCUCGUGCAACUUCCACCGAAAUUCUAAGUAUUGUUCUUGAUUAGGAGGGACUACUGAAGUUGUAUUGUAAUACUAGUCAUCUUGCGGCAUAAUGCUGAGAUAUUUUAGAUACAUCAGAUGUUGUCUCUUUAUGCAAUUCUUUCUAGCCGUCCUUAAGGAUUACAUCUAGUAAAAAAAUGGCCACUAAACCGGGUGGCAACUUUCCAAAUGAUUUUAAAAAUCCCCAUAAAUAUCAAUAUAUUUUAUAAAAAACGCGCAUAAAAAAUAUUCUUUCCUGCGCUCAACGGAUAGAAAAUCACAUCAUAAAUUUUAUGCUCAAAGACGGCGUUUAUGGUAAUUUUAAAGCAAAUAUUAAUUAUGAAAUUUUCGAAGUCGUGUAAUGUCCAUUCAAAUAACAUCUUACCUGCCUGUCUGUCAAUUCCCAAACUCAAAAUUAUUCCGGAAUCAAAAAGCCCUUUGCAAAACGAAAGGAAACUCCCAUUCUAAAUAUAAGGUGUGAAGAUGUGAUUUAACGUCCAGUGGGUGCAAAAACGGUCUUAUUCGCGUUCCCUAUAAAGAAUUUUUUAGAUUUAUAAGGUCAUCAAAAAUCAACAAAAAGGUGCUUUUCAGUUAAGCAGCUAAUAGAGGCGGUCGUAAAGAACGGCAUUUAAAAAGCAGCGUCCUGAUAUAUCCGAGGCAGUACGACACUACGUCCCACGCUAACUGGUGCAAAAUCUUGUUACGUAUUUCUUCCCGAUUUGAAACGAAUUUCAGAGUUUCGGCAAAAAUGUCAAUAGAUCGGUUACUGACAGAAGUUAUAUCUAGGAUUUACUGGAAUUUUGACCAACAAAAUGCUUAAAAAGAAUACAAAUAUCAGUCUUUACCCCAGCGCGAAUGCGCAGCAUCGCCUUGGAGCCACUCCUGUCGUGUGACACUGAAAUGAUGAAUUUGUUUUAUUUUCUGUUUUAGCCUUUAG